AUGUUUGACCACUUGGUGGAUAACAGGGUUGGGGUUGUCACGGUCGAUAUUCAGGAGGACCUGUUAUCGGAUGACACGUUGGCCAUGCUCCUUCAUCUAAUUGUCCGAGGGAAGGUGAUCGCGGUGGUGUCUGGCGCCCCGUGUCGGACGCUUUCAGGGUGCAGACAUAGGGACAGCCCAGGUGCUCCAAAGCCGGUGCGAGCGCGCUAUGGGGAAGAAUUCUGGGGGUUGCAGGGUUUGUCUGAGGAUGAACAAGCGGCUGUUGAUGGGGAUAGCCUGUUAUGGCUCAGAUCGCUAGUGGUGUACAUCACAGCUCAGUAUUUCACAUGGCGCGUGCAUGAGUGUGACACUUGGUUCGGAUUUGAGCAUCCGGAAGAUCCUGCUGUGGUGUGGGGUGACGAAUCGGAUGAUCAGGGAAGGUCCUAUCCUAGUAUUUGGGCCUCGGAGGUGAUGAGCACUCUCGCUGAGGAGUGUGCUUUGGGCACGAUCGGGUUCGAUCAGGGGCCCUUGGGGCAUGCAAAGCGCAAACCGACUCGAAUGAUGCUUCACGGGAAGCCUCACGUCUCUUUGAUGCAAUGCAGGGGAGAGGGUGUUGAAAAGAUUCGAGCGGCAGCUGGGUUGUCAUUGGGGCAGUCCGGAGCGUGGGCUGCAUGGGCCCCGGGCCUGAAGGCUGCGAUAGUCGACAUGGUUCAGGGGGUACUGGUUGAUGCUCAACAUGUCCGUGCAUGCAGUGGGGUCCACGUUGCCAAGGUCAAGGAUCAUGCUUCGUUCACGCAGCACGUGCUUCAGGACCACAUGCCAUUUCGAAACGAUUGUCGGCAUUGUCUCGCGGGGAGGGCCAGAGAUCGCAGGCAUUUGAGGCAGCAGGUUCCAGAGGCCUACACGCUUCAUGUCGAUAUGUCGGGGCCACACAAGGAAGGGAAUGACCAAUUGGGCAGUGCCAGAUAUGUUCUAAUCGGAAAUUUCACUGUUCCUGUCUUGGGGCCAAACUGGGAGGAUGCUUGGGAGGCCAAGGAUGCCGAAAUUCCUGAAGGUCCCUGGGAGCAUCUUGAUCUUGAUGAAAAAGUUGAUGUUCCGCAGGAAGGGGAGGAGGAAGAGUGCAACACGGUCUGGGCUCGCAUUCGCAAAAACUUGCAAAUGAAGCAGCUGAAAAUGGAAAACCUUGUCAUGGCGGAACCCCUCGCGUCUAAAAAACACGCUGCGGUACUUGAAGCGGUCGCCAAGAUGGUCACCCGGAUUCGGGCUGCGGGGUACCCAGUGGUCCGUCUGCAUUCGGAUUGUGGAGGGGAAUUCAUGAGUAAGGGUCUUCGCAAGUGGUGCGCGCUGCAAAGCAUCUACAAAACUACCGGGGAGCCAGACGUGCCCCAAACUAGGGGUAGAAUCGAGAAUGCUGUGGGGCGGGUCAAGGGUCUUGCAAGGUCUCUGCUUCAGUCUCAACCGGAUCUCCCGAUCACGCUUUGGCCUCACGCUGUUAGACACGCAGCGGAGCGACUGUGGCGUAUCAGCAUGGCUGCACUGGGUAAGGAGAUGCCUCCGUUAAUUCCGUUUGGAACAAAGGUGGUCGUGCGACAGAGAUCAUGGUCUGCAAAAGGGAAGGGAGCAUGGAAAGAUAAAGUUCAAGACGCCCGAGUGCUGGCACCAGCGCUGGAGUUGUCGAGGGGCUACUAUGUCGAAACUUCGGAAGGGGAAGGGUUUGUGACCAGCGUUCUUUUCCAGAAUGUUCAAGUAGCUGGGCAACCUGGGUCAGCAGUAGUCACUGAGUGUGAGCCGGUGAACUUGCGAAGAAGGGUCACGGGCAAGCAGCCGCCCCCUGAAGAACCUCCACUUGUUCGAUCUCUCCAGGAUGUUCCUGAUGAGGAGUCUCAUGAUCCACUUGCUUUGCUCAUGAAAGAAGAUCAGGCAGCCGCAGCUCUGGCGGCGCAGACGCCGUGGGAUAGGGAUGCAGUUGUUGAGUUUCUCAAACAGACUGAGCUUCGCAAACGCACGGGCUCCUCUCGCACUGCCUUGAAUGGAGGGGCGCAAUUUAUCUUUGGGGCAUGUCGUCAUGGUGGCGUCAUAGGAACUUCUGGGUUGACGGGGGAUCUUCCAGGCUUUACUGCGUUUGUGGUCCGGCUGAUUCGGGAAGUGGUGCCAGCUCAUCACUUCACGUCUGUAGCUCUCGGAUACAAUACCAGAAUGGACGUCCACCGAGAUCUCAACAACCAAAAAGGGUCUCGGAAUGUGGUGGUUCCUCUUUGUGUCCCCAAAACAGGGGGAGAAGUGUGGGUGCAAGCUCGACAAGGGGAUGUUUUGCGGGGCCAACCGCAAGUCCAGGUUGCGAAAGGGCAGCCUCUGGUGGGGCAAAUCCUUCCGUGGACGGAUGGGUAUGUCACUUUGGAUCCAAACGCCUGGCGUAUGGUCAUGCCGUGGAAGGUUGGUCAGGAGCGCAUCGUUCUCGUUGCGUAUUCGGUAGGGGCCUGGCAAGCGGCCACUCCAACACUGAAGGGACAGCUUGAGGACCUGGGAUUUCCACUUCCUUCUGGGGCCAGGUUGGUCGACCCAGUGGGUCGAGGGGGAGUAGGUGGAGCUGAAACUGGCGUAGCGAUGAAGAAGAAUUUUCAAGCCACUCAGUCUCAGGAGCCUGGGGCGGAGGUUGUAGGGGAAGUUUGCUGGUGCAAGGGCUAUCAAGUUGAUCCAUCGCUGUGCCUGUGUAAGGGGCUCAGGGAGUCGCCUCUAUCAGAUUCUGGAGGCCCUUUGAAUCCACUUGAAGUAUCUCAGGACGAGUGUCAAGGGGAGAGAGGGCUAGGUGAUGAGGACGGAUCUAUGAAGGUAGUGUAUGCCAUAGAAGAACUGAGUGAAGAAGAUCCUGCAGAUUUCUACUACUCGGUGGGAACUCGGGGGUGGGAUGACAGUGAAAAGCCGCAAACUCUUCUGGUGGACUCGAUCGUUGAGGCCUUAGACCGAAAGCAGGUGAUGUUGUCUGCCAUCCUCUGGGCAGAAGAAGAUCGGCUGGCCCAGCUCAGCGCAGAUCGUAGGGAUCAGAGCGGUGAACUUGAAGUGGUCGAGAGGACUGUGCUGAGUCUUGAGAAGGACGUUGGCGAGUUGAGAACGGUCAUACGUAGCAUGAGGUCUCAUCUUGACGAGGACAGGUUCGGGAGAUUUGGGGCUGAUGUCUUACCACCUUUCCAGGGUGAUCGUGUAGGUGAGGGAUCGAAACAUCGAUGUGCUAUGAUGCAGACCAGCGCGGACAGCGCGGAAACCGACAAGCCACCUCAGGACCAUGAGAACAGCGGCAUUCCGGAUGAGUUUCUUACUUCCAGGUCGGUCACUCUUCAGGAAGUCCAAGAGAACUUGGAUGAGUGGAUCGAGCCACUUCGAGAUGAGGUCAAUGCCUUGGAGUAUGUGCACGAAGCAGUUGAGAGUGUUACCGAACGUGAACUUCAAGACUUGGAGAAGAAGGGCUUCACCAUCGAGCGGAUACCGGGUCGCGGGGUCUUCGUAGUCAAGGCAGGGACUGGGCGAAAGCGAGCCAGGAUUGUGGCCUGUGGUAACUAUCUGGAUCCAUCGAAAGGUGUCAGCGCCGGGGGAGUCGAAAGUCAUUCUCCUACACUCCAGAAAUAUUCCACGUUUGCAGCAGGUUUAGACACGACUGCGUUCAGAGCACAACUUCGGAUGGCAGCUCUCAACAAGUGGAGCGCAGCGGGACUGGACGUCAAGACGGCGUUCCUGAGAGCUCCAUUGGGGCCGGUGCUACAAGAGCGACACCUGAUCGCGGUGAAGCCGCCCGCGAUAUUGGUGCGCGCAGGAAUCGUGAAAGCUGGUACAUUCUGGCUAGUUCGCAAGGCGGUGUACGGCCUUGCUCCUGCUCCGAAGGCAUGGAGCACGUACCGAGACGGCGAACUUCGACAGAAGAAAUGGACUGGCAGUCAGGGGGGCAGCUUUGAGUUUCGCCCUAUGUACAGUGACCCAUCGCUGUGGGAGGUGCUGUGUAGCGGUCAGGUGGUCGGACACCUGGGCGUUUAUGUGGAUGAUUUGUUGAUCACUGGUUCAAGGUAUGCGAUCAAUGAAGUGAUCCAAGCAGUCCGCAGCUUGUGGGAGACAUCUGAGCCGGAAUGGAUCGAUGAGCCCGGUGGCUUGACCUUCUUGGGCGUUCAGGUGCGGCGAACAGCUGAGGGAGACUAUGUGCUCAAUGAGGUCAAGUACGCUCGAGAGCUGCUGUCAAAGUAUCCUCAGGUUCAAGCAGGGUCAUGGGUGCCGAUGCUCAAAGAGGACGUGGGGGAGCCAGAGCAGCAUGUCACCGCGGAGGACCACCGACGAGCCCAAGGCAUUCACAGGUUUUCAGCAGAACCAGAACGCCAGUGCCAGGAGGGAUGGUCUAUGACCCCAUCAGUGGAGCAGCUCAUGGUGUAUGCUGAUGCGUCGUACGCACCGCUAGCCGAGCCGAGCCAGACCGGAGCAAUCCUGCUCUGGGCAGGCUCACCCAUCUCUUGGGUGAGUUCGAAGCAAGCUCUGACGACUCUAUCCACGGCUGAGGCAGAACUCCUUGCCUGUGUUGAAGGUCUUGUCCUCACUGAUGCUAUCGACGAUGACGGUGAGGAAGAUGGUCAGUUGAUAUGGGAGGGCGACUCUUCGUGGCAUACCGUCUGUGUCAACAAUUCCCAGAAUCGCUAUGUGGUCAUCGACGUUUGGAGCGUCGCGGAUCAUGUCUUCCAGACACAGGCACGGCAAGAGGCAUGGUGGCUCAGUGCCAUGGUGGACAACGAAGUGUUUGCACCUGCAUCGUCUAAUGCGCUUCUUCGUGUGCUGCCAGCUGCGCUUGUUGCACGUCAGCCUGAGGGCUGGACAGCCCUAUCUUUGGACGUUGCAGAUGCCUAUCUGACGGUUCCGCAAGCCGUCGAUACCAUCGUGACCAUAUGGGUGAGAGGUGAGCAAAGAUACUACAAGCUACUCCGAAACCUCCCAGGCCAACGCUCAGGAGCCAAGGAUUGGUUCCAAGCGUUUCAAGCACACCUGAUAAAGGAAAUGGCCAUUGAACCGCUGGUAGAAGCCCCAGCACUGUUCUUCAUUCCUGGAAGUUCAGAUGAGGGCCAUGGCGGGGGAGGCGGGGGUCUUUGCCACGUUGAUGAUCUUUUUGCAGUCGGGGCCGAUCCGACCAUGCAGAGGCUCAGUGAGUGUGUGAAGUCCAGGUAUCGCUGCACAAUUUCCUUUUUGAGACAACCCGACGAUGAGGACAGUCCUUUACCAACAGGCACGCUUCCUUUAUGGACACAGCUAACGCCACUUGAUGAGGAGAAGUCAGGAAUCUACAGAAAGUGCAUUGGGGUAGUGCUUUAUGUGUCAAGCGAUUAUCCUGCUGCACAGUAUGCAAUAAAGACAUUGAGCAGCAUGUGUGGGAGUCCCAAUGAGGGAGCAUGGCGGUGCCUGCGCCGCCUGGUGAACUAUAUGUUCUUCCACGAGAAUCACGUCACUUGCCUUCGGACUGAGGGCAAAGGCAUCGGCCUGGUUGUCCGAGAUGACACCCACACCUUGGAGGUGUUCGCUGAUGCUGAUUGGUCAGGGAACCGAUCAACACGAAAGAGCACCAGUGCCGGAUGCAUAGCCUUCGAUGGGAUGGUGAUUCACACCUUUUCCAGAAGCCAGAGCUGCGUGAGCUUAAGCAGUGGAGAGAGUGAAUAUAUCGCAUGUGUGAGUGCUACGUGCGACGGCAUCCUCCUUCGCAGUGCCCUGCAGCACAUCAUGCGUGUUGAUGUGUCCAUGCACUUGUUCACAGACUCCAGCGCAGCUCGGGGGAUCAUGGGAAGGCAGGGAUGCGGACGUCUUCGCCAUAUCUCCGGAGCCCGUGUCCGUACCUUGAGCCACAUCCUUGGAAUCCGUGAUUCACACGAUGGAUUUUCAUUGGUCGGGACAACUGAGUUUGAGGAACUCCAACGCCGUGAGCAGGCAAAGAAGUUUCUUCGUGCUGUGAGGAGCACAGGUCGAGGGAAUGCCGAGGCGUUGCAUCUUCUUGCAUUGCUGGUUCAGGUCGUGGGUAACAAGGCUGCGGAUGAUGAGGACCGAGCACAGUUUGUGCCUGACUCGCCUGCAUCAGCAGGCGAGGAUGCAUACCCAUGGACCAGCUUUGUCUUCGUUGUCACCUUGACAGUAUGCAUCGCAUUCAUGCUUGGCCGUGCCAGCGCCAACAUGAACUUUGCAUCCCUUUUGGAGUGGCCCUUAGUUAGGUGGGUACGUAGUUGGUUUAGGCUUGAAGCAACAGAGGCUGAGCAACCAUUGCUAGCCGAAGCACCUGCUCUUGCAGAGAACCUUGACACCACAUCAGAAAGCAGCCGUGAAAGUCUAGGCUUACAACAUUACUCGCCACGGACUCGUGCAGAGAUCCUCGGUCGAUCGCCGCCUGCGACACCGAGUGAUUCUGAACUUGAAUCUGAGCAGCCAGACUCAGAACCUGACGAUGACGAUGUGUAUCCCGGAGGCCAUGGACCAGCCUACCAGAACCAGGCCGAGCUGGUUGCGCUCUAUGAAAUGGUUGGCGAGGCCGCAGCCAUUGAUGUGCUGCCAGCUGUCCCUCUGAUUCCUGCAAAUCAGCCAGCAGAAAACCAGCAGCUUCCAUUGCUGCAAGAUGACGACAUCCUUCGGGUUAGGGAGGACGCUGAGGUUUGGAUUGCGCCGCAAAAUGGAACCCGUUUUCAUCUCCUUGGGGAUUGUGAUGGUCUGAGAAGGGCACGAUAUGUUCGCAGAUUGCCAUAUGGGCAAUUGCAGCUUGAGUUUCCUGGUGAGUACGACUUGUGCCGACUAUGUCAGUUGUGGGCUCGAGAGCUCGCACGUCGCCAGGACAUUGCCCGUUUGACUGCCAUGUUCCACAUUCUCCAUGUUGGUGGUCAACAGAUGCCAAAUCCAGUGCACCAGAACCUUCCGGAGCCCGAACCACACGAUGAUACAUGA